CAUUCCUAAUAAGAUAAUUGAUAAAUUGCCUUAACAGUCAAUAUUCGUGGACUAACUGCUGUGACUCUAACUCUGAUGCGCUCCUCUGUGAGAGUGCGAGCAGCAGCAGCAGCAGCAGCAGCAAAGUUGCAGCAGGACUUUGAGAUGCUCUGAGAGGAAGAGCGAGUUCAUCAGGCACGUUUAAACCGUCAGCAGACUCACUUCACAGGUAAUGGCUGAGAGGACAGUGUGUGUCGGGUGCCAGCGGCUCAUCACAGACAGAUUCCUGCUCAGAGUCACUGACAGUCUGUGGCAUGAGGAGUGUGUGCGCUGCGCCGCGUGCGGAGACGCGCUCAAGAACUCCUGCUUUCUGCGGGACCGCAAACUUUACUGCAGGCGAGACUAUGCUGAUCUGUUUGCAGUGCGUUGUGGGGGCUGUGCGGAGGCCGUCUUCCCCACAGAGCUGGUGAUGCGUGCAGGAGCCACUGUUUUCCACCUGCGCUGCUUCACCUGCAGCGUUUGUUCCUGCCGCCUGCAGACUGGAGAACACUGCAUCCUCAGGGAGGGACAGCUACUGUGUGCUAGAGAAGACUAUCACCGAUGUCUGGCCAGCCCGACCUCCUCUGACACAGGUAAAAGUGAUGAUGAUGAGGAAGAAGAGGAGGAGGAAGCCGGUGAAGCGACAGGCAAACAGAUUAAAUCAGAAGAACUGGAAAGCAAACGUCCAAAAAGACCUCGCACUAUUUUGACCACUCAACAAAGACGGACCUUUAAAGCUUCCUUUGAGGUCUCAUCCAAGCCUUGCAGAAAGAUAAGGGAGACCUUGGCAGCAGAGACUGGCCUGAGUGUCCGGGUUGUGCAAGUCUGGUUCCAGAACCAAAGAGCCAAAAUGAAGAAACUGGCCAGGAGACAGCAGCAGCAACAGGAGCAGCAGCAGACUCAGGAACGGCACGAGCACCAUCAUUCAGCGCCCUCUCGUGGUGGAUUACCCUCAGAGAUGGAGCAUCUGGGCUCUUCGUUUCACCACAUUCAGCAGCAGCAGCAGCAGCAGGUGGGGCUCACCACUCUGGAGCCACAGGACUAUGACAUGGACCCCUUCAGGCAGGGCUUGACACCACCUCAGAUGCCAGGGGAUCACAUGCACCCCUAUGGCUUUAAGAGCCUGUACAGUGACAUCGACAAGGACCCACUUUGUCAGCUACUUGACAGCGACUGCCUCCCACUAAGUGGCUCCUCUCUACUUACUCCUAUUGACUGUCUCUACUCCAUGCAGGACUCUUACUUCACCUCCUGAGAGUGAUGACUCGGUCAGUGAAGCAUCUUCUCCUUGGCUGUUGGAUGGAUCAUCAGAUUGUGAAAUGCUGGGCUAUGACAGCAGUAUGGGUCAGUGGCAGGUGAGCAUCACAUCCACGCCGCCAGCAUCAACGCUCACAUUGUGCUCCUUGCGGUCAAAGGCCCUUGCUGCAUUUUUCUGCCUUUUCCUUCCUCCAGUCAAAGUGGGCAGGAGGUGGGGAGGGCGACCACCCAGGUGCCGGGCCCAGCUGGAAUGCACCAAUCCUGUGGAGAGAAGUUGAGAAAACCCAGGGAGGAGGUUCAAGACAACAGAGGAGCUGAAAGCUGUGUCAGGGGAGAAUGUCCAGGGUGACACAGAGAUAUGAAGACCCACAGUAUGGAGUGCCUCUUUGCCCUAGUCAUGAACCCUUUCUUGGACCCGUCUCAUAUUUCCCACUAUGAAAUCAGACCUUGAAGAGCAAAGAGUGCAAGUCAAUGGUCAGGAACAAUCUAACUGUCUGUCACCAUGGUAUGCUACCGCCAACCAGAACUACAGAAGUGUGCAGCAGGGUAUACUGUGCAUGUGUAAGUCUGUCUUUGUAUCUGCAUCUGUAUCUGCUCUGCUGGCAUGAGUACAGUAUGUGUGCGUGCUCAUGUGUAAGGCGGAACAACACUCUUUGUUGUUGUAUCAUAAUGCAUUUCCUUGUACCUUCGGAGGCAGCUCAAGGGAGAAAAGCCAGACUUAAAUAUCAAAGAAGGAAGCCAACGUGGUCACCUGCAGGGUCUUUUCCCCUCUUGUGCAUGAGUCUGUGCAGUGUUGGCACAAACGUUAUGCGUGGCUGCCAGCAGCACUGGGUGGGAUGUGAAAAAUAAUCAAACCGUGAUCAUACGGUCACAGCAGGUAGCAAUAACCUCAUUAUUAUUCUGAUGGUAGCCAAACAGUUUCCUGUCAACAGUUCGGUAAUUUAUUGCACCCUUCAUGCCAAACACAGGCCACAAACCCUCUGUCUUUUUAACCGCUAUAAUUGGCUUCAUGCUGUUGCAGUGCCAAGGCAGAUGUACACGCUUUGCUGAAGAUACUUAACUGGACAUUUGCAGCACAUAAUGUGUCUUGGGUAUUAUUGGCACAGAAAAAUGCUACGCAAUAAAACCAGCCACUGUGCAUCUUCAUAUUUAAAAUAGACAAUACAUUUACACCUAAAUAAGUAGUUAUAUAUACUGUAUAUAUGAAUAUAGAAUACUAUGUGAGUCUGAUUUAAUGCUGAAUACUUAGAGUGGGGGGCAGUAAAUUGCCCCUGAAUGUUGGAUCAGUUCCCAAUGUGACACGUUGAGCUGAGGCUGAUAAUAGAUCACAUCCUCACCCCUCAGUGACAGCAGCGUUCUGGCCACUAAAUGUGCUAAAUUGACACUUUCUGGCAGAUUAGUGAUCUCCAUUUCCCUAACUGAGCCCACAGUGGAUUAGGUCGUAUGGAGGAGUUCAAAUGUGGGUUACCAGACGUGCUAAAGAGGCCACCAAAAGAGAUGGGGUCUGCCCGUAUGUCACACAUCAUUGGAUAGUGUUUAAGGUAUGCCAGAACAGAUUAAAUUCCUAUUUAGCAGAAGUGGCCAAGCAAGCUAAUGAUAUACAGUAAAUGAAUAAAUGAAUGAAUGAACGAACAAACGAAACAAUAAGAGAAAGGACUCAGAGAGCACAAACAUCCACCAAUGCUGUAAAAACAAAUCCUGAAUCCUCAUCCACAACCGGAUCAUCACCAAAACUUUUUAAUUUCCAUACCACACAUAUCUGACAAUCUCAUCAAAAUAGAUCAAACAAACGAAAGCAAACAAA